GACGGCCAUCUUUGAUGAGGGCAGAGCUCCCAUUGCAUUCAAGAAGAAACCUCGGGGAGGUCAGGAGCAAACCGUUCCGUCCUUCCCUCCCUGCAGCGGCAGCAGCAGCCUCUUCAGAGAUCGCCUACAAACUCGAAACUUGCUUAGGCUCCGACAACACUGUCCCUUGAAGCCCUCUCUGCAGAAGCCAAGGACUCUUGGCCAAAGACUUUGCAUUCUAAAAGUCCAGCCCCCACCACCACACCACCGUGACCAUGGCAGAAGACGCGGAUAUGCGUAAUGAGCUGGAAGAGAUGCAGCGACGGGCUGACCAGCUGGCAGAUGAGUCUCUGGAAAGCACCCGCCGUAUGCUACAGCUUGUUGAAGAGAGUAAAGAUGCUGGUAUCAGGACUUUGGUUAUGUUGGAUGAACAAGGAGAACAACUCGAUCGUGUUGAAGAAGGCAUGAACCAUAUCAACCAAGACAUGAAGGAGGCCGAGAAAAAUUUAAAAGAUUUAGGGAAAUGCUGUGGCCUUUUCAUAUGUCCUUGUAACAAGCUUAAGUCAAGUGAUGCUUACAAAAAAGCCUGGGGCAAUAAUCAAGAUGGAGUUGUUGCCAGCCAACCUGCUCGUGUGGUGGAUGAACGAGAGCAGAUGGCCAUCAGUGGUGGUUUUAUCCGCAGGGUAACAAAUGAUGCUCGAGAAAAUGAAAUGGAUGAAAAUCUGGAGCAGGUGAGCGGAAUUAUUGGAAAUCUCCGUCAUAUGGCCCUGGACAUGGGUAAUGAGAUUGACACACAAAAUCGCCAGAUUGACAGGAUCAUGGAGAAGGCUGAUUCCAACAAAACCAGGAUUGAUGAAGCCAACCAACGUGCAACAAAGAUGCUGGGCAGUGGUUAAAUGCCAACAAAUGUGUUUUCGUCUCCAUGCUGUCAAGAAAGAUGGCAUUGUCAUGCUUUUCUCAUGGUAUUUCCCUACUAGGUUUGCACACAUGCACAUAUCAGUCCCCAUUGUAAUUGUUGUUCUGUGUAGUCUGUCCUUUUCUUUUCUGGUUACCUUUCUUUCCCAAGGUUGUAUAUAGUGAUAACUUGAUGGCUCUGGCUCACUUUGAUGUGUUCUGUUUUAUUUUUCUUCUCCUCAAUGAUGUUUGCUGAAUGACAACAAUGUAGGAAUGCUUAAAUGUGCUGUUGAACCUUUAAAUAUGCAGUAUUGUUCUCGUAAAACUGUGACCUUCCACAGAGCUACUGCCAUGCGCCUUCCUUUAGGUGUCAUGCUCUUAAGCACUUAAAAUUUGCUGUCCUUGGUUCUUCAUGGCUGUCAUCUGUCGUUAUGAUUUCAUGAUUAGACAAAUGUGGAAUUAUAUUAACAGGCAUUGCACUAAAAGUGAUGUGAUUUAUGCAUUUAUGCAUGAGAAAUAAAUAGAUUCUUAGGCUCCUACUUAAACAAGACCUUUCCACGGCAGUAGCACAUUGACAACGAGAAACACACAUACACACAAUAACAUAAAAGCAUGCUCAGUAUUGAGACACUGUUGGGAUUAUGUUAUACCAGCAAGACUGCAAUAGUGGCACUUUCUUCUGUCAAUAGAGUUGUUAGCCAUAAUCAUUCUUUUUUAAUUAAAAAAAAAAAAAGAUGGAUUUGACACUCGCCAUUUAAUCAUUGCCAGCAAAAUAAGCGUUUGGCUGAAAAUAUGUCAAAUGGGUGUAAUAUAGGAAUUAUCUGCUGCUUUUGAAGACUAUCUUUUGGAGGAAAUGACUACACUAUGAAACAGUGCAGAAGUGUAAUUUUUAUAAGGCUGUAUCUUAUUAGUCGCUAUUCCCCAUGUGGUUUGUUAUUGGUACAGUUCUCUGUUGCUUAUCUAGAGCUAUGCACACCAAAUCUCUGAAAUGUUUAGUAGCUAAUAAAGAAAAAUUUAAAAAUAAUAUAAAUGAAUGAAAUAUAGAUAAACUGUGAGAUAAAUAUCAUUACAGCAUGUAAUAUUAAAUUCCUCUUGUCUCUUGUCAGUUUGUGACGUGAUUGACAUUUUGUAGCUAGUUGAAAAUUAUUAAAAAUUAUAGACCCCA